UGCCCGCUGGCAUGCCGGCUUAAUGUUUACGCCUGCAAAAUCCGCAGUGACUGUCACUUGCAAAGCUGCCUCUGCAGAGGGACGUCCUCCUCACUCCGUCCCCCGGCAGUCCCGCUACGGCUGGCAGCUGGAGCCCCUCGGAUGGCCAACAGUGAGGCUUGGAGAGGCGUCGUGGACAGACCUGGGUCGCUUUCAGCCCUCGGGUCCCUCCCGGCUUCGCUCGGGACCUGGCUCUCAAGUCAGCUUGGCUGGUGGACAGACCCGCGCGCUCUGCACACCCGAGUGCGAAUUCCACCGGCAUGAGCGUGAGCGUGCGCGUGGUCCUGGCCCUGCGGUCCCUGGUUCGCAGCGGUUCCCUCUCCCAGGCCGCCCCCUCCAGGUGACUGCGAAGCAACCUGUUCUAAUGGAAACCGAGUACAUCCUCCAGAAUUCCCCGGCUACGAUCGGUGCGACACACUCGCCAGCCGCAAUCGCCCUUCCCGGGCUUCGAGGAUUUUAAUUUCUCGGUACCGGCGCUCGAAAUCCAGCCUUCGAGUGCUGGAGCCUGGGGUUUGGGGGAUUUGUGUUUUUGUUUGUUUGUUUUUCGCUUAGGAUCCUGAACUGGGGCAGAGGUGACUCAGUAGAGCGCGCGAGGCAGGUUCCCAGUGGUGGGGGCGCGAGAUGCGCUCCGGAAUCGCCUCCGCCGCAGCCGGGCGAAGUAGCUUCUGGAUGGAUCGCAGAACCAGCCCGGCUCCCAGCUGGCGUCCCGCAGCCCGUCGAGCUCAGCACAGCCUCUCUCCUUGGGGCGCCUAGCUCACAGCCCGCCUUUUUCUUUGCGCUCUUUCAGGUGGACGCGGUCAAACGAUGCCCGGCAGCCGCCUGUGUCUCAACACAUAUUUCACACCCACGUCCCCUGGCCUGUGCUCCUAGAAGCUGGAGACAGCAGGAGCCUUCGGUGGGGCAGCUCAAAAUGUAGGUAACUGCGGGCCAGGAGCAGCACCCGGAUGCCAUCGGUCCCUGCCUUUGAGCGUCGACGGCUGAUCCUUUGGUUUGAGGGGGAGACUGGCGCUGGAAUUUUGAAUUCCGAUUCUGUGCAGAAUGCUGAAUCUUCCCCGAGCCAGGACGAAUCACACAACGCGGAAAAGCAGACUCUCGUAAUUUUGGAAUUGCAUGUUGCAAGGAGUCUCCUGGAUCUUCACGCCCACCCUCGGGUAGGGAGGGAGUUGGGGUCCGGGCUAGGCCAGUCCAGCAGGUGGAGAGGGUCCCGGGCAGCCCCGCGCGCCCCUGGCCAUGUCGCCUUUAAUGCCCUGCCCCUUCAUGUGGCCUUCUGAGGGUUCCCAGGGCUGGCCAGGGUUGUUUCCCACCCGCGCGCGCGCUCUCACUCCCAGCCAAACCCAGCUGACAGGGCUCCCUCCAGCCAAGACCUUUUGAUUCCCGGCUCCCGCGCUCCCGCCUCCGCGCCAGCCCGCGGGGUGGCCCUGGAGAGCCGGACCUCGCCCGGCCCCGGCUGGGACCAUGGUGUUUCUCUCCGGAAAUGCUUCCGACAGCUCCAACUGCACCCAACCGCCGGCACCGGUGAACAUUUCCAAGGCCAUUCUGCUUGGGGUGAUCUUGGGGGGCCUCAUUCUUUUCGGGGUGCUGGGGAACAUCCUAGUGAUCCUCUCCGUAGUCUGUCACCGACACCUGCACUCAGUCACACACUACUACAUCGUCAACCUGGCGGUGGCCGACCUCCUGCUCACCUCCACUGUGCUGCCCUUCUCCGCCAUCUUCGAGGUCCUAGGCUACUGGGCCUUCGGCAGGGUCUUCUGCAACAUCUGGGCGGCAGUGGAUGUUCUGUGCUGCACCGCGUCCAUCAUGGGCCUCUGCAUCAUCUCCAUCGACCGCUACAUCGGCGUGAGCUACCCGCUGCGCUACCCAACCAUCGUCACCCAGAGGAGGGGUCUCAUGGCUCUGCUCUGCGUCUGGGCACUCUCCCUGGUCAUCUCCAUCGGACCCCUGUUCGGCUGGAGGCAGCCGGCCCCCGAGGACGAGACCAUCUGUCAGAUCAACGAGGAGCCGGGCUACGUGCUCUUCUCAGCGCUGGGCUCCUUCUACCUGCCGCUGGCCAUCAUCUUGGUCAUGUACUGCCGCGUCUACGUGGUGGCCAAGAGGGAGAGCCGGGGCCUCAAGUCUGGCCUCAAGACCGACAAGUCGGACUCGGAGCAAGUGACGCUCCGCAUCCAUCGGAAAAACGCCCCGGCAGGAGGCAGCGGAGUGGCCAGCACCAAGACCAAGACGCACUUCUCGGUGAGGCUCCUCAAGUUCUCCCGGGAGAAGAAAGCGGCCAAAACGCUGGGCAUCGUGGUGGGCUGCUUCGUCCUCUGCUGGCUGCCUUUUUUCUUAGUGAUGCCCAUUGGGUCUUUCUUCCCUGAUAUCAAGCCCUCUGAAACAGUUUUUAAAAUAGUAUUUUGGCUUGGAUAUCUAAACAGCUGCAUCAACCCCAUCAUAUACCCAUGUUCCAGCCAAGAGUUCAAAAAGGCCUUUCAGAAUGUCUUGAGAAUCCAGUGUCUCCGCAGAAAGCAGUCUUCCAAACAUGCCCUGGGCUACACCCUGCACCCGCCCAGUCAGGCCCUGGAAGGGCAGCACAAGGACACGGUGCGCAUCCCCGUGGGAUCAGGAGAGACUUUCUACAGGAUCUCCAAGACGGAUGGCGUUUGUGAAUGGAAAUUUUUCUCUUCCAUGCCCCGUGGAUCUGCCAGGAUUACAGUGUCCAAAGACCAAUCCUCCUGCACCACAGCCCGGUCUACCUUGUGUUUUAAAGGGACACACACCCAUAACAUGAAGCCAGCUUCCUGUCCACGACUGUUGUCCUUACUGCCCAAGGAAGGGGAGCAUUUGAAGCAAAUGCACGAGUGAAGCAAACCCACCACUCAUCCUGUGAACCACUGUCUUUGGAAUCCACCCCAGGAGCCCAGGAGCCUUGCCUGUCACAUGGAUUUAUUUCUUUAUCAAGAAUCCAUCUGACUAAGGCACAAAUCCAACAUAUUACUGUUGCUGAUGCAAGAAAAACAGUAACUUAAGGAAUGAUCAUGAAUGCAAAGGGCAAGAGGAAAAGAGCCUUCGGGGACAAAUAGCUCGAUUUUUUGUAAAUCAGUUUCGUACAACCUCCCUCCCCCAUUUCAUUCCUAGAAGUUCAUUGAGAAUGAUCAGCCAUGUGUAGGGUAUGAGGAAUUCCAUAAGGCACCCCAGUUUCUUCAAUAAGUAAAUGGCAUUUUAAAAAGGGGAACUUUUAUGGGUUAAAAUAUUCUUACGAGAUGCAUUCAUCAAGUAUACUGUAUAAGCCUUGUUCAUUUAGAUUUUUAUUAAAACAAAGUGUAAAAAGACAUUUUUGAAGUAAUUGGAGAAAAUUAAGAAGAGGCUGGGUCCUAUUAGAUGUUAGAUAAUUAGAUUGUUACUUUAAAUUUUGUUGGAUGUGAUAAUGGCAUUGUUCUUAACUGGUAAGUGCAUAUCGAAGUAUGUUUACAAUUUGCUUUAAAGUUUUAUUGCCAAAAGUGGAGAAGCAAGGGUGAAAGAUGAAAUAAGAAUGGCAGGCAAGGCCACACGCAGUUCUUCCAUGUUUGUGCAUGUUUGAAAUUUUUCAGAAUAAAAUAUUUUUAAAAGGAAAAAGGCACAUUUAACUUGUAAAAGUCAGUGUCCCUUGAAUUCUGAAACAUUCAUAGACAUGAAAAUCAUGCUGCAAAACAAAAUCCCCUUUGUUCAAAGAGAGCUGCUGUUGCACUCUCUGCUCUCUCAUUUCUUUAUUCCCUCUGUAAUAUUCAGUGUAGGCUGACUGUGCUCCAGCCCCAAGUCCAGGGGGUGGAGAAUAGCAAGGGCAGAGACAUAGUCCUUGACCUCCAAGCAUCUAUGAUAUUGAUACAGUGCCAUGGGAGCUUGGUGGAGGGCCUCAGUCAACUGCAGAGUUAGGCUUCUCAAAAGUGAUGAUCUCUAUGGUGAGUCUUGGAGGACACAAUGGGGUGGGGAACAGAAACAGUUGCAAAGAAGGGAGGAAUCUGUGCAAAGGCCCAGGGGCUGGUAAACCUUGGGCGUGUGGUGGGGCUGCUGCCUCCUCCCAAAUGUCAGGGCACAGGGAAGUCAGUCUCGCUUAUCACGGUGACCACUUGGCUCUACAAACCCCCACUGCCCAAGUCCCCACAGGCAAACCACACAACUGCUCUUCUUCUCACUCUUUUUUUAAGCCAAGAAAGAACUCACUGAAACAGCCAGUCGGUGGUGAGUCCAAGGCUUUCCUGACAGAGUAACCAUGUUUGGCUUGGCUGAAAAUCACAAAGCCUUGGUUUUCCAGUUGUCUGAUUCUCUUUGUUCUCAAGGCCUGGUGCAGCAUUACAGUGGGAUGGCCAAACAGAAAAAAAAAAAAAAAAAAAAAAAAGGAGGUCUAUUUCUCUCUCUUCACACAAAUAAAUAUUUGCUCAAGAAUGGAAGUGCCUAAUUCUUAAGAAUAACCAAAUGCUUUGGACGUCUAAACAAGCAAAUCAUAUACAAGGCAAUUCAGUGUUCCUACUAAUUGAGAAAUUGUUUUUAGCAAGAAGAUGUUCUGCAGCAUGUUUUUAAAAAACAAGUUUUCCAACAGCAACAACAACAACAACAACAAACAGAAAAUAACUGAAUCACUAUAAUACCCCCAAAGGCUGACUUUCACAUCACGGAAGGGUCACAUCUCACGCUACACUGAAGCAUAUGAAACAGCGUCUGCUCGUGUUAGAAACCUGAUGGACUAGAGGUGGGGGCGCAGAAAUGAACACAAAAGGGACAGACUUGAAGCUGCACUUUUGCAAUCAACUAGCAGUUAGGAAGGACUUGACUUGCUGGGGCUAAGGAAAACAAAUUUGGAGGUUCAUUUUGCCUGUGAAAUUAAAAUUAUACUUCAGUAAAUAAAGCUGACGCCAUUUAACCAUGAACCCAGUGACAUUUCCUGGCUUGCUGCAGCGUUUCUGCUUGUCUCCUUGUUACAUUUGUUCAAAAUACAAACACAGCAUUUCCACGUUGCCACAGAAGCAAAUGUGGGCUGA